AUCUCAUUUGCAUAACAUAGUUGUGGAAACAGUCAACAUGGACGUCGAUUGUGUCAAUUCGGACAGUGAUAGGUGACUUGUUUUCAUUAUUAUUUGUGAGAUAUCGUCGUAUUGACGUUUAAAACAGACUGAUCCUGAAGAUAUUGAAAUGUGCAACAUGAUCGUGGAGAAAUAUUUGCAAAACAGUGUCACUAUAAGGAGGCUACAAUGUUGACAGAUACAGCAAGAGGAUAUUAUUCUAAUAAUAAAUACCAGAUCCUAGAACAAGAGCAGUUAACACGGAUGAAAGAUGUGGGAUCUGAGCAUGCCAAGCAGAUUGCUGCCAGGGACAGAGCCAAAAAGCUCUCGGUCGAAACUAAUAGAAGACGCAAAGCUCUUGAAACCAAAAAGAAGCUAGAAGCACAAAGAGAGGCUAAGAGACGACAAGAAGUACUUGAUGAGAGGCGACAGAGACAAAGGGAAGCUACUAAUAGAUAUCAGAGACAAAACAAAGGCUCAGCUCGAAGGCAUGAAUUUCAUCAUACAGCCCCUGCAUAUCCAGGUGCUCCCCUGCAUGACAAUGUUCAUAUCGCCAGAGGUUAUCGCAUGGAAUCGCCUCAAAGUCAUGGGAGUGGAACACCUUCACUAGAUGAUGUUCUUCAGAUGGUUGGUGUGCCCACAUCAUUGUCCCUCAAAUAUGGGCAAGGUUAUUCCACCUACCAACACAAUGGAACAGUCCCAGCAUCCACAUACCCUACAACAUUCAAUUACAGUGGAGCUUAUGUAGACACUAAUGCCAACGUUGCUUCUGGGGGUGAGGUUAGAGGGUAUGCAAAACCAACACAAUCUGCACUACAAUCUGUUGCAAAGCAAGGAAGGACAGAUUCACGGACCAGUUUGAUUGAACAAGAGAUUGCAGAGCAGCAACAGAAGCUGAUUGAGCAACAGCAGAGGACGUUACAGGAGUUCAGUCAAGCCAUUCAAAAUGAAGCGAGUAAAGCGGGUAGUGAAAAUGGUCUUCACCGGAGUGAAAGCUUGUCAAGUGUUGAUAGUCUGGAAGAACAUCGGAGAGAAAGAGAAGAUUUGACCCAGAGCUAUGGGACCAAACACCAGAGGGCUCAUGCCACUUCAAGUUAUGAAAAUCUGAGUGGUGUGCCCGUUUCCAAUGGCCCUGGGGUUGGGCAGAAUUCUGAAGUGAAGAAAGAUCUCAGUAACUACAGUUUAUAUCACAAUAAUGUUUUAAUGAGAGGUAACAAUGAUAAACAGACUCAUGGUGGCCAAGAGACGAAGCAAUCAACCAGGACUACUUUGAAUAUCAAGAAUGAUUCAGUUUAUGAUGGCAUUCAGCCUAAAGGGAUUGCUUUUAAUGGAAUCACACAAACAGCCACUGCUUCUGCACACAACGCCACCAAUGGUACACUGAAUGGUACUGCAGUUAGGACACAGAACGGUACAACUGAAAAGACCACUAUCGGUAAUGGAACUUAUCAAGAGAAAAAUGGUACAGCUCAUGCUUGGUCGAAUUCCAAAGCCAGUAAACCCCCUAUUCAGCAACAUGUCAGUGCACCAACAGCAAACACUUGUCAAAGAUCGAGGCCAUAUUCAGCAAGGACCACAGCAACUGCAGUUACUGUUGCUCCAGCUGUAUCAUAUCCAGCAAGAACUCAAGAAGCUGAAGCACAGCAGUCAAAUGCUUCAGCAAAUGCUUCUGCUAGAGGAACUGAUGCCUAUGGAGGAAUGGGUUCUGUGAUGCCUUAUCCUCCUCAAGAUAGAAGGUUUGAGGAAACUCCUCAACAAACAAUUGCACGUGAGGACAUCACACUAGAAGAGGAGGAAGAGCCAGAAGUUUUGUCACCUCCUAAGAGUAUCUUAAAACGGCACAAGAGUGAGACCCCUACCAAAGAUCGUAAAGCAAAAGGACUGGCGGCUGCAAUCAUGAAGGACAGCCUUGAUAUUGGCAAACAGAGUGGAAUCAAAUCCCCAAAGAAAGGUGUUCGCUGGACGGAUUUGACAUACAGCGAUGAUGAGAGCGUAGAGACACAAGCAGCAGCUGAAAAUGCGACAUCUGUUCGCAAACCAAGGAUCAUAUCAAGUGUUGAUGCAAGGACUGUACAAGAGAGGUUAGGUGGUAAGACAGACAAUGUUGUUUCAGGCAUUCCACCAAGACCAAAAUCUGGAAAUGCUAAUGGCUCAAAAGGAAAAAGUAGCAUGCAAUUGAAAAAUAACCGAUUCCCAACUGGCACUGAAAGUAAACAGAAUGUUGUUGAUAAUGAUAGGGCUGCUGCAGGGAAAGCACCUGUCAUUCAGAAUGGAGUUAGAUUAGACAAGACGCCCACGGAUGAUGAAAUCAAUUGGUUAUGGGAUAAGGUUAGGACAUGUUUGAAUACACGAGAAGAUGGGACAGACCAGAAGAAUGGCCAUGUUUCACAGACACCUAACACAAGGCAGUCAUCCAGUACAAACCCACACCAAGAUCAGAGGAUAACGGCAAACCUUCGAGUGGCCCCACCAUCCAACAAGCCACGGUUCAGCCAGUACAAUGAUACACUCAGAAGACAGAUCAUAGUCCCUCGUUACAGGACUAACAGUGACUCUGGAACCCAUGUCCAGCAGACGCCUGCUUCUCAGCAACGGCGCCCUCAUGUGAGGAGUUCCAGUGCAUCUAGGACCAAUGGACAGCGUGGACCAGAGCCUAGCCAACAAGGACCAGGAAGAUCUGCUACUGUAGCUCAGCAGUAUAGUACACCAGGAAUGACGGAUAGUCUUAUGGCCUUUCAACAAGCAGAACAGAUGGUACAGCAGAACGCUGAUGAAGCUGACGUAGCAGCAGUGAUUGAUCAGCAGAGAUUACAUCACCAAGGUCAUCAAGAUCACAAAGCCAAUCCAAGUGCACUAUCCAUGGAGGAGGCCAAGGUAUUAGAGUCAUUAGAUCGACUGAAUGCAAGACUCAAAACUGUGACAGCUGACAUGAAUGGAUCUUUUAGUCCCAUAUAUCCAGCAAUGCCACCUAGACCUCCGCAACAUAAACCCCCAAAUGAAGUCAUAGAUGAUGAGAAUUCUGCAGGGUUCAGGGGUCAUCGUCCUAUGAGUUCACGACCCGGGGCUAACGGGGUCACGAGACCAAGUUAUCGGACAAGGGCUCAGUCAGCCGACAGGAGCAACGGUAGAAUGGGACAUCACAGAUGAGUUGGGACUUCCUCAGAGGAGAGCAGUUCUGCCCCAGAUGGAUGUCUGAAAAGAAUCAUGCUUCUUCUGCUUUCAUAGCUGUGUAGGACAUCACAGAUGAGCUUGAGAGACACUGAGAGAAGGGUAGUUCUGCCUAUGGCAGAUGUCUGAAUGAUUAGUCUUUAUUUCUCAUACUAGGUUGAAACAAAAAGCUCUUCUCAUGGUUGAUGUCGGUACAUGCUCCUAUGUAGAGUAGCCUCCAAAAACUUCCUACAGGAAUUUUAAGUAUGGCUUAUGUUGCUGCUAAAGCUCCUGCUCCUACAUCGAAGAGCUGUUGCUGCUCCUGCACCAGUGGUGCAGUGGUCCCUGAUAGAUUUCUUUACAUUCCUCUAGAUUGUCAACUUACCGCUUAGAAUCAGCAAGGUGGGGAUGUUGUAGGAAAUCGAUUUGAAAUCAAUUUCAAAUCUCGUUUGAAUUGUGAAAUUUGUGUUAUUGAUGGAUUGAUUUGGUCUGUAGAAAAUCAGUUUAUCCUUUCUGUUGCAAGAAGCAGGUUGGUAAUCUGUUAUUAAAUUGCAAAUGUUUUCAAACUUCUGAUUGAUUUUGAGAUUGACUUUUCAUGCAACACUUCUCUCCAAGGAAAUCUUGUCAACAAAGAGAGAAAAUCCUUGUAGAGUCUUGUAGCUCAUCAGAUGAUAUUUUUGCUCUCAGUUUCACUCUGAGCCUGACUCUUCUCCAUAACAUUGAAAUCAUGUGACUAGUCAUAUGACUAAUGAAG